AGGUCCAAUGCUGCACGAAUCUUGGGGGCGAUCACAGCCGUGGAAAUCUGAGUGAGAAAGAGGGGUGGAAAUCACCCGAUAGAUGGAUAGAAAAACCGUAAACCUAAGCUGCCGUUCUACAUAAGGGUAUCUUACGGUCUUGGCUACUGCACAUUGAGGAAGGAGUACAAAGUAGUGCGCUUGUUCUCCAAUCGUGAAGCUGGAGGUGGAGAUGAUGAAAUUGCGCCUGCAAGAACCGAGGUCUUCGUCCUCAACACACCUGGGUACUGGAGGCCUAGUGCUGAAAACCCUCCUCCGUGCUCUGUGAUGGAGAAGAACCCAGCUGUCUUCUUAAACGGGUACCUGCACUUCCUAUGCUGUGAUGGUGGCAUCACCACCUUCAACAUCAGCGAUGAGACCUUUGGUUCAUUGCUGCCGCCACCAGAUUUUGAGAAUGUGGCAUCUGUGCUGACAGAGCUGGAUGGGUGUUUGUGUCUUUGUUAUGGAGAGCCGGAUAGCGAAGAUCCUAUCCAUUCAUCUGUGCUGAGAGAUUACAAGGAAGCCCGGUGGGAGAAGUUAUGCUGUAUUGAUCGAACUGCUUGGACAGAAUCUGAGCGCAUGCUGAUGAACUCGCUCUGGAUUGCUCCAAUUGGUAUAUAUAAUUACUCAGGCGGUGGACGGAAGAUCAUGUUCGGGACAGGUUCUUGCAAGGUGUUUGCAGUAGACCCUGAUGGUGGCGACCCAGAGAUUUUAUUGACACCAGAGGAUACCAUGGUUGGAAGUUGUGAGGAUGACUAUGUACCAACGUUUGUUCUAUUAGAGGAGAGCCUCGUGCCCGUGGGCGCCUCAAUUGAGGACAUGGUCUUGUCAUCGCCAACAACUGAAGCUUGGUUUGACAUCCUCAAUUGGCUGCCAACACGCUCUGUUUUGGAGCUAAGAUUAGUUUGCAUGGAGUGGCACGGAAUGAUCAUGACUGAUUGCUUUACCCAAUCACAUGUUAUCCAUGCAAACUUGAAAAGGAGCCCACUGAUUAAGUUCAUCGUGGAUCCUCGCUUCGGUUACUAUAUGGAUCUGGAUGAAUGGAUCGGUCAAGAUGGUUUUCUACCAGACUUUGAUCUUGUAUGUUCCCAGCCUUGCCAUGGCCUCAAUGUUGGGAGCUGCUCAUCCUGGGAUUUCGUAUGCAAUCCUACAAUAGGUUAUUGUAAGCACAUACAAUUUGAUGAUAACGAUGGUACAUUUUUUGCUGGUCGCAUUGGGUUGGGAUACGACACAGAGAUUGAGAAGCAUGUCAUGGUACAUAUUACCUACGAAGAGAAGAACCUGGAAACGAGAUGUUAUAAACUGCAGUGCAAAAUGAAGUAUGUGGAUGGCUGCGAUUGGGAUCCAAUAGAUCCUCCUUCUAGACCAAUAGCUGGCAUACCGCCGACCUUCGUCAACGGCAAGAUUUACUGGAUGGUAGACCCUAAUCUCGGACCAGUCUCUGCAAGAUCCGAAAUCGUCGCAUUCAAUGUCAACAUUGAGGAAUUUGAAGUCCUGCAAGGUCCACCGUGCACCCAUGGUAGUGGGCAUAUGACCAUCCUUGAGCUUCAAGGAGCACUUUGUAUUUCCUAUUCAGACCAGAGCAGGAACACGGUCGACCUGUGGAUGAUGAAAGAUGACGGUAUCUCGUUAAUGGAGUAUCAUAUAGUGCUUGACAAGUUAGCAGAGAACGCUGCACCAUUGGCUGUUGAUCCAACAGAUGGACGGAUUUUGCUCAACACUGGUUGGUCAUUGGGCUACUAUGACCCCAGGACAUCAGCAUUUGAGACCAUCUACACCAAGCGGCAAGCGCUUUCCGGACUAAGUUCUAUCCCAUUGUCUGCCAUGAAAGUUUAGUCUACCCGCUAAACUAGGUACACUCCUACUUUGAUCUUCUUGGACUGUGCUUAAGUCCUAUACAUUUGUUUGAAUGGAGCAUUAAGCAAGCUUAGCAGAGCAUUUGUACAAGAAAAUGUUUAGGCCUGGAUGUUUUUUUUCAUGAGUCAUGGAACCUUGACUAUAGUUUCCUAAGCAUAUGCCGAGCACUCGUAUCCUGUAUUCCUGUUUGAAAGGAUCAUGGUAAAACUCAGCUAUUCUGCAUUCACAGAUUACUGAUAUAGCUUAUCACGGAA